CGAACUUGGAGGUGCUGAUUGUCAUCCUGUGCGAAGGAUGGUUCUGAUGAUUCUGAUGGAGGUCGAAGGUGUUCACAGACUCUAACUUACAGUCGGAGCCUUGUGUUUUUGACUGUUUGACCAGUCUGCAUUUAGAGAUUCAUUAGUAAGAGUUGAACUGUGAGUAAUGAACGCUCUACAGGCACUGCUCCUCAUCAGCUGAUGUCAGUCAAUCCAUCUACUACUGAAGCUGAGUGUGAAGUGUGACCCACAUAUGAGUAAUGUCCAGCUGUAAACCUGGUCAGGCUUCUGACCUGCUGUCGAUCAAACUGAACAGCUCUGAAAACUCUGCAGCUCUAACUCACGUUACAUUAACACCGGCCAUGACCCUCAUGACCUCAACCUUGACCCCGAACAGCCCUCAUCUGUCUGUCUGUCUGUCUGCGUGGAUGUGUGUGUGUGUGUCUGUCUCUCUGUCUGGUUCACGUGUGGUCACUGAUCUCCUCUCAAUCUUUUAAGCUGCUCAGAUGUACACACACACAGGCGCACACACACCUGAUCAAUCACUCAGAGAAAACACUGAAGCAGAGAACACACGCACACACACACACGCUGGACAGAGGAGAGGAAGGUCGUGUGUGUUAUCAGUGACCCUGAAGAGGCCUUGAUGAGCUGACAGUGUGUGUGACAUAUCAGGACACAGUAUCACAGGUGUUACAGCAGAAGUAGAUCUGCACAGAACGACAGCCGGAGCAAACAGCAGCGUCCUGAAGGAGACGAAUAUUCAGAGAAAAAGGAGAGAUCAUCCUGAAAACAGCAAGCGAGUGUUUUAUUGGCCUGCAGAGCGACGCAUCACUGAUGCAGACCCUGAGUGCAUCUCUGUGUGCAGAUGCGAGUGUGUGAGACCUGUUAAACCUCCUCAUCUAUAAAUCAUGAUCUGUCCAGACUCUCUCACACACACACUCUCUCAUGCUUACACACACACACUGCUGAUCCAGAUCUGAGUGUAAGGCCGUUCUCCAAGUCCUCAUGGAGUCUGUGGUGAAGAGGUCUCUCCUGGCGCCCAUGAAGACGCUCCAGUGCUGUGUGAGCGGCGACAAGCAGCAGGCCAGCAGAUCACAGGGUCAGAGGUCAAAGGUCACCCGCGUGCAGGACCCACGUGUGCUGCGAUCCUAUGAGGCUGAGCUGCAGAAAGAGAGGAAGUUGAGGGAAGCGAUGAACGCUAAGAAGAACGCAGAGAGAGCUGCGAUGAGGGCUCAUUUCAGGAGGAAAUACCAGCUGAGCCAGAAUGCCAAGGACUCUGCGCAGCUACGUGCCGUGGGUGGGAAGGUGUUUCUGUCUGGAGAUCUGGCCAGGAUGGUUCGCCCCGACGCACCUGAGAAAGACGAUGGUUUCAAUUUGAUCAGAGCCUUUCAGGGCCUCAAAUUCAGUGGACCGAUGUUCACCGGCAGCAAACACAGCAGAGCGGACAAAACAACCAAUGAAGAGCCGUGCAGAGUCAUCAGGAGGACAGACGCUCAGGAUACUCUGCUGUUCUCCAGUUCUCAGUGUAGUGUGUGUGAGAUCAGCAUCGGCAGCAUGUUCUCCUCCUGCGCUGGGUCUGUGUGUGCGCGUCCGCAUCUGUGUGUGCGUGCAUCUGUGUGUGUGCGUCCGCUUCACCAAAGCUCCAGAUCCGCUGGAGCCGCUCGACUCUUCCAGGAGAUCCCGGACACCGGCAGCAACGGCUGGAUGAACCUGCUGCGCUUCUGGAGGGACGGACGCUUCAGCCGCAUGCACAAACACAUGGAGGAGUCCUUCAGACGCCUCGGGCCCAUAUACAGAGAGCACCUGGGCUCUCAGAGCAGUGUGAACAUCAUGCUGCCCAUGGACACCGGUGAGCUGUUCCGCUCGGAGGGUCUUCACCCGCGCCGCAUGACCCUGCAACCCUGGGCCACACACCGAGAGACACGCAGACACAGCAAAGGAGUCUUCCUCAAGAACGGGACGGAGUGGCGUGCUGACCGUCUGCUGCUGAACCGUGAGGUGAUGGUGUCCUCGUCUGUCCACCGCUUUCUCCCGCUGCUGGAUGAAGUGGCGCAGGAUUUCUGCCGUUCGCUGCGGCGCCGCGUUCAGGCGGACGGGUUCGAGAAGGCGGGGCAGCACACACUGACCCUUGACCCCAGUCCUGACCUCUUCCGCUUCGCAUUGGAAGCGAGCUGUCACGUUCUGUACGGCGAGCGGAUUGGCCUGUUCUCCUCGUGCCCGUCUGACGAAUCAGAGCGCUUCAUUUCGGCUGUGGAGCGAAUGCUGGCCACGACCCCCCCGCUGCUGUACCUGCCCCCCCGCCUGCUGCUGCGGCUGCGCGCCUCCCUGUGGACAACACACGCCACUGCAUGGGACGACAUCUUCAGCCACGCGGAGCAGCGUAUCCAGCGUAGCUAUCAGCGUCUGCAGGCGAGGCCGUCUGCUGCUCCAGACUGCAGCUUCCCGGGGGUUCUGGGAAAGCUGAUGGAGGCGGGACAGUUAUCAUUAGAGCUGAUCAGAGCCAACAUCACUGAGCUGAUGGCCGGCGGAGUUGACACGACGGCCGUGCCGCUGCAAUUCGCUCUCUUUGAGCUGGCGCGUAACCCUGAUGUGCAGGAGUGUGUGCGCGCGCAGGUUCUGUCGUCAUGGCAGCAGGCGUCUGGAGACCCUCUGAAGGCCCUGCAGGGGGCGCCGCUGCUGAAGGGGACCAUCAAGGAGACACUGAGGUUGUAUCCUGUGGGAAUCACCGUUCAGAGGUAUCCAGUCAGAGACAUCGUCCUGCAGAACUACCACGUGCCGGCAGGGACGCUGGUGCAGGUGUGUCUGUAUCCCCUGGGUCGUUCCGCUGAGGUGUUCUCCAGGCCGGAGUGUUUCGACCCCAGCCGCUGGAGCGCAGACGCAGACGCCGGGUCUGCAGGAGGCUUCCGCUCGCUGGCGUUCGGCUUCGGCUCCAGGCAGUGUGUGGGACGCAGGAUAGCAGAGAACGAGAUGCAGCUGCUGCUCAUGCACAUUCUGAGGACCUUCAAGCUGACGGUUUCGUCCACAGAAGAGCUGAGCACUAAAUACACACUGAUCCUGCAGCCCGAGUGUCCACCGAGAAUCACCUUCAGCACACUCACACACCAGCACUGAUCCAUCAGUCAAUCAUCAAUCAAUCAAUCAAUCAAUCAAUCAGUCGUCAGUCGACCCCGCGGCUGUGCUUGUUCAGGAGUUCUGAAUGUGGAUUAUCAGCUGCUGUUUCAUGACAACACAAUAAAUCAACUGAUCAAACACUCACAA